ACGUUGAGCAUCCGUCAGCCCGUGCUGGCGUACACGGAGAUGGCAGUAUCUGUCAACAGCAAACACCUGGCUCUCUUCACUGCCAACGGUCAGAUCUGGGUCGGAUCUUCCGAUCUUCAGAAGUGCGACUGCGAGUUUGACACGCAGUGCAAGCAGCGCCCCCUGCAGUUGGAAUGGUGCGGCACGGGGGCGGUGGCAGCGUACUGGGACAAGCUGCUUCUGCUUGUUGGAUCACAGAAGGACUACAUACACUAUGCGUAUGACUACCCGAUACGUCUCGUGCCAGAGUUAGACGGGCUCCGUCUCAUCGGUCAGCACAGCCACGAGCUGCUGCAGCAGGUGCCAGGUAAGAGACGCGGCGCCCAUCUAGCGCCUGCCGGCGCCACCGCGCAGCAGAAACUCGCAAACAAAGCUGCCAGCUUUGGCAAGUGCUUUGUCUCGGACAUGAAUCCUCAGCCGUUUGUGAGCAUGUGUCAGAUGUUACGCGUCCUGAACGCCGUGAGGGAGCCACCUACCGCACUGCCGCUCACCUACGCUCA